UCCAAAAUUCACCGUCUGUUACAGUCUGAACAUGAGAGUUCUGUGCUGGUCAAGAAUCCAAUUGAAAUGGAUCUUUUCCCCUUGAAUUUUGCCAAUCCACGGAUUUCCUGCUCUCCUGCUGACUACGCUUUUUUGAAAAGGAAAGGGGGCUGGCCUAAAGGCAAGAAAAGGAAACCCCCGAGGGACCCUCCUGUUCCCCGCGCUCCUAGGACAGGGUACGUGAUAUUCCUAAAUGAGCAGAGGAGCCCCCUGAGGGCCAGGCACCCAGAUCUGCCUUUCACGGAAAUCACGAAGAUGCUGGCCGCUCAGUGGGCUCAGCUGCCCCAAGAGGAAAAGCAAAGGUAUGUGUAUGAGGCCGUUGAAGACAAGCAGCGCUACAUCCGAGAGCUGCAGGCCUACCAGAGCUCCAAGGCCUACCGAGCCUUCCUGCGCAGGCGGGCAGCGCACAAAGUGCAGGCGCUGUGCGGAACAGGUACACUAGGAUGUGAGUUUGAGAGUGAGGGCCUUGACUUCUCAGCAAUUGACAGGCCUUGGGAUGAGUUGAAAUUCUCAGCUGUGCUCAGAAAAGCCUCAACCCGGCAAGCGAUCUCACAGGGGGAUGAGAACGAUGACCUGUACUGUCGGACCUGCAGGCAGUUCUUCAGUUCCCUGCAUAACAAGCGGGAGCACCUGCUGGGGAAGCAGCACCUGCAGAACCUCACAGGGGAAUUUGAAAAAGAUUCUGCUGAGUGCUUGAAGCAUCUGGAGCCUCUGGAGGGAGAGGUAGGUCAGAAUUUGAACAAAGGGGACUCAGAGGAGGAAGCUGAGUGUCCUGAUCCACUUCCACUCAGAGGCCUGAUUCCAGAGACGAGUUUUGCUUCACUUGACUUACGUUUCUUGCAAGAGUUCAUCUUUAAACUUCUGAAAAUCAAAGAAUUUGAGCUCAGAGAGCUGAGGAAGACUUUAGAAAGAGCUCAAGUAGAGCAGGAGGCCCUGCAGAGGCAGCUGCUGGAGUUUCAGAACCGGCGGCAGAGGCUGGAGGUGGAGCUGGCCGGCCUGAAGACCUAUGGGGUCGUCCUGGAGAAGGAGUUUGAGAACCUGAACAUGGUCCUGAUGCUGUCCCACUUCGGCCUGCGAGUAAUAGACACGACAUAAAGCAGUGCCCACCCCCGCACCGACGGAACCCCAGGACGCAUUCUGGACACACGGGAGUCAGCUUCUAAAGGUGUAUUUCCCUCAGUGGAGGAAGAGUGGAAGAUCCUGGGGUCCUGCGGAUGGGACAGCCAGGACGGCUCUACUGACCCAGGAAAAAAUAAAUUGUGCAUGUGUGUUUGCACAACAGACGCAAUCUGUCUUUUGUCUGGGGCUUGGCAGUGUCUGCUCUGUAAGUGUUCCCUCUACGGACUAAAAGUUGAGCAGCUUUAAUGUGGGAAAAUGUUGGUGGAGUGUGUCUGCCUCUGCAAGCAUAGAGGGUGAGUGCAGUGCGUACCUGCUCGCAGGGCACACUGUGCCCGGCAGCCCUGAGUCUCUGGCGCACUUUGAGCAGCCCCUCUCCUCAGCCUCUUGGACACUUCGGUUUCCUCUACUGAAUUAUAAAGACAGUACUGCUGCCCAUCAGCCUCAAGGGAUGGGAUGAAGAUGGAGUAACACAAUCAUCUUGUAUGCAUUUAGGUCCCCUGGAAGCUGACCUUGAGAUCAGGACCUGCACGAAGCAGGUAGUUUGGGAGGUGAUCCAAGUAGGGGAGUGGGGAACUGAAACAGGCAGGGGAGGACAGACAUGAGAGGGUGCACUGUGUCAGCAAGAAACUGUGGCUGAACCCCCAGGGAAAUUCUGGGAGCCAGGGUAGGACCCAUACCUGAGAGCUUCCCACGCAGUGGCCUGGAAGGUGGGGUAUUUAUCCACCAACUCCCUUCCAUCGGUGCUGGAGGAUGGCUUCCAGGAAGGGUCAAUUCCUUUUCCUUCCAGCCUGCUGUGCAGGUGACAAGGGGGGUGGGGCACAGGAGGCCAGAAGAGCCUUGAGCAGGAAAAUGGACCCUGCAGUUGGAAGGCUGGCCAGUGUGCCCCCUGGGGUGGCAAGGACAAGGGAUGUGGGUAGGGCACCAGCAGUGUCUGUUAUGGGGCUGUUGUAGGGCUUUAUAGGCUAUUAAUUGAUAUACAGCUACAAAAUGGGGGCAGGGGGCAUGGUGGGUCCUGUACACACAUGGGUGUAGACAUCAGGGACUAGGUCUGCCUGCCUGAAGCAAAGACCCGACCACAGUGGCUUCACCACAUAACAAAAGGUCCAGCAGUGAGCAGCAGGGACAGGGACAGCAGCUUCCCAGAGGGGCCCAGGCACCUCUUUCUACUCAGUUCCCUCCAGCGCUGGCUCUUGUGCGUAUAUCCCUUGCCCCCAGGGCAGCUCUCCAACCUCCAGCGUUGCUUCUGUACUCCAGGCAUGCUGGGGGCAAAGGGCAGGGCAAAAGGGAGGCUCCAGAUGGUCAGCCUCCUUUUACAAAGAGCUUCCAGAAAGCCCCAC